AUGUUUAUCGACCUGAACGUGCCGCUGUCCGGCCCGGACGAGGACGCGUUCGGUGUGGCGGAGCGGCUGGAGAUGCUGGGGCGCUUGGGGUACCGGGGCGCCGCGCUGGCCGAGACCGUCACGGCCGCGCCGGGGGCGCACCGCACGCCGCCGAACACGGCCGCGCGGAUCGACACCCUGAGGGCGAGCUGUCCGCCGGACCUGACCGUCCACAGCCGGCUCGAUGUCGUAGUGGAGGACAUGAGCUCGGCCCAGGCGAUCGUGGCCGGCCCCGCGGCCGCCUCGUUCGACGUGCUCGCCGCGCGCCCCACCACGGACCGAUUGUUGCAGCAGUGCUGCGCGUCCCUGGACGUGGACGUGAUCUCGCUCGACCUCGCGCAGCGCAGCGUGCCGAAGCUCCGGCCGAAGGACGCGGCCGAGGCCGUCCGGCGCGGCGUGCGCUUCGAAAUAUGCUACGCGCCCGCGCUGCGAAGCCAGGUGGCCCGCAGAAACGUAUUCGUGAAUUCUCGACUCCUGGUGCGCGCGGCGGGGAGCAGAGGCGUGGUGCUUAGCAGCGGCGCUGCGUCCGCGAUGGACGUCCGCGCGCCGCACGACGUCGUCAACAUGGCGACGGUGAUGGGCGUCGACGCGCGCUGGGGCAAGCCCGCCCUGAGCGGCACGUGCGCGGAGCUCCUGCUGCGCCGAUCGCGGCGACGCCGCACCGACGCGAGCGGGGCCGUAGAGAUGGACGUGGACGCGCGCUUCGACGCGUGA